AUGAAGAAGACAGUCAAAUAUGAAGAUCAACUUGACUAUAUCCAAAAGAGUAAUGAAGUUAAGAACCUCUUUGUUAUCAAGAAGGGCUUUGUGCCUAAUAUGAACGUGGAAGGUCACCUAUUUGCAAAUGAAAAUUUAUCAAAGCUCCUAUUUGAUGAACUUAGGCAGUUUACAGAUGAACCGGGGUCUUUUCUUCCAGCUUUAAAGCAGUUAGCAAAUGUUGCCGCACUGCCUGGUAUAGUUAAGAGCAGUAUAGCUCUUCCAGAUGCACAUUCUGGUUACGGCUUUUCUAUCGGAAACGUUGCAGCUUUUGAUAUGGAUAACUGCAAUUCGGUGGUAUCUCCAGGGGGAGUUGGCUUCGAUAUUAACUGUGGAGUCCGGCUACUGCGAACAGGUUUACUAUAUAAGGAUAUUGAGCCUAUAAAGGAGCAGCUGGUUCAAAAACUGUUUGAUUUGAUCCCAGUGGGUGUUGGAUGCCAAGGUCAAAUACCAUGUGAUAGUAACGACUUGGACGAUAUACUGGAAUACGGGAUGGACUGGUCAGUAUCGUCCGGGUACUCGUGGGCCGAAGACAAGGAGCACUGUGAAGAAUUCGGCAGGAUGGUUCAGGCAGAUCCCACAGUUGUGUCAUUCAGGGCUAAAAAGAGAGGGCUGUCGCAAAUAGGAACACUUGGCGCUGGAAACCACUACGCGGAGGUCCAGGUCGUCGAGGAGAUAUACGAUGAAUACAGUGCCAAGGUCAUGGGAAUCGAUAGGAUCGGCCAAGUGUGUGUGAUGAUGCACACUGGGUCCAGAGGGCUGGGCCACCAAGUUGCUUCAGAUGCACUGGUGGAUAUGGAGAACAGCCUAAACAAGUCUAAGAUAAAGGUAAACGAUAAGCAGUUGGCAUGCGCAAGAAUCCACUCCGAGGAGGGGAGGAAAUACAUCAAAGCGAUGGCGGCGGCUGCCAACUACGCCUGGGUCAACAGGAGUGUGAUGACGCACCUGGCCAGGAAGUCCUUCGAGGAGGUGCUUAGGGAAUCGGCCGACGACCUGGAUAUGCACGUAGUUUACGACGUUUCGCACAACAUUGCUAAGAUCGAGGACCACAUGAUCGACGGGAAGCUGAAGAGGCUCCUCCUCCACAGGAAGGGGUCGACGAGGGCCUUUCCGCCCUACCACCCGCUUAUAUCGGCGGAUUUCCAGCACAUUGGGCAGCCGGUGCUCGUUGGUGGCACCAUGGGCACCUGCUCGUACGUGUUGACAGGGACUCAGCUGGCCAUGGACCUAACGCUAGGGUCCACCUGCCACGGAUCAGGUAAGUCAAUCGGUAGCAGAUGUGCUUUUAAAAUUACCACUAACGGUCCAUAG